AUGAUUGUCUUUAUUAUUAUCAAUUUUUCUCUUCAAUUUAUUUGUUCAACUACAGCAACAACAGAUAUAUCCAAUAUUAGAUAUAAUUCUUUAAUAUCAGCACAAUGUAAAGCUCGUUGCUUAUAUGAAUAUCGAAAUCAUCACCAUCAACAACGAUCACUACCAUCUAUAUUCAAUAAUGGAAAAACGAAACGACUACUGACGACAAAUGCACUAACUUUACCGUGGCGAUCCAUUUGGAAACGUUGUCCACGCCUUAUCACAUGUAGCUCGGUAAAAAAAAUUCCUCAACCGAAAAAUAUCACUGCUAUUGAAAGAAAAAGUCGACGAACCGUAAAACUUAAAUGGAAUUCAAAUGGAGUGACAAAUGUUGAACCUGUUUUUUAUGUUAUUGAAGCACAAUGGACAUUACCAAAAAUGGAUAUCCAUCAAGAAGAUAUUAUUUCAAAAUGGGGUUUUGUUAAAGAAGAAGUUUCACAUACAAAAGCAAUAAUAAGAAAUAUUCAACGAGAUAAUCGUUGGUAUACAUUUCGUGUUGCUGCUGUAACACGACGUGGAUAUUCACCUUUUUCAAUAACAACGAAACCUUUUCGUUUAAAUUCACAAAAUGAAUCACAGAAAUCAUUAUCAACAAUAGCAGUACCAAAAAAUUUAUUAAUAAAAGAUUUUCAAUUAAAUCCAAAUACAAUUAAUAUAACACUUAGUUGGCAAAAACCAGAUUUUCCAAUAAAUGGAUAUCAGAUUUCUUGGGAAGCACAAAAUGAUCCAUCUCUACUUGUAAAUACAAUCGAUACUUCUUCAUCAUUAUAUCCAUUAGAAUUGACUAUUCCAUUUCUGUCUAUGCAUACAUCUUAUAUUUUCAAAAUUCGUUCAUUACUUAUUCCUGAUGAUGAUGAAAUACAAAUGAGUGUACCAGUAUCAAUAAAAUUCAAUUAUGAAGAAGAAUUAUUUUCAAUAAAAAAUUUUUAUAUAUCAGAACCAUAUUUUAUAAAUGGUUUAAUUAAAACAAAUAUAUCAUGGAAUAAAAUAAAUGAUUAUCGAAUUCAACAAUAUGAUUUACAUUGGAUUGAAACUCAAUGUUCAUCUGAUGUAUUACCAUGUUGUUAUCGACGUGAUGCUGUUACAAUAGAAAGUUUUUUUCAAUUAUAUGAUUUACGUUUUAAUUGUACAUAUGUAUUAAAUAUAAAGCCAAUUGUAUCAAAAUUACGAAUCAAAAAAUCUUUUCAAGUUUAUUUUAAUGUUAGUUCUUGUCAAUUAAUUCCAGUUUAUGGAACUAUUCGACCAUCAUGUCAAACAGAUGACAAUAUAAGUAGUUCAUCUUUAUCAUCAUUUAAUCUUAUUAUCACAAGAAAUGAAUCUGGUAUUCAAUUUUAUUGGCAAGAUAUGCGUUCAUUAGUCCAUGAUGAUAGUGGUAUUAUCUAUCAAUUGCGCAUUGAACAGCUGCCAAGUCAUAUUGAACUUAUUUCUGUUGAUCUUUCGCCUACGAUAACAAAUUAUUUUUUACCAUAUUCAAAACAACAAAGUGAUCGAUAUCUUAAUGUAACAUUAACUUUAUUUGAUAAUUUAAUCAUUCAACAACAAAAAUCCAUAAUAAUUGAUGGAUAUCCAAAUUAUAGCAAUAAUAAUAAUCGUAAUACUCCAUUGAGUAUUGUAUCAUCAUCAUCAUCAUCAUCAUCAACGAAAAUUCAAAUGGAAUAUUUUCUUUUAUUGAUAUUAUUUAUUUCUAUUGAUUUAAUACGACGAUAA